AACAACAACAGUAACGCAGAAGUAACAUAUUUUGCAGAAAAACUGAGGCUAAUUUAAGAUAAGAAGUUAUGUCAUAGAACUUCUGGUUUAAACAUAACUUACUUGGGAAUGGCGAAGAAAGGGACUAGCAAAUGAAUCAAGAUUAAAAUAAAAAUCCCAUUAAACUUUGUGCAAUGUUCACACUAAUCUUCUAAUGAAACUAGUUCUGAAAGUUGAUAACUAAAUCUUAUUUACCCCACACCUAAGAUGCUACCAAAAGUAAAGCAAAAUCUUGUGAAAACUCAAUUUGGGAUAGAAAAUCAGUAGCACAAAUUUUGGAAUUUUUACCUUAUCUUGUUUAGCUGUAAACAAACAUGAAUGAAGGAAUCCAAAGUUGAUUUUGACAUAAAAACAUUCGAACAAUAAGCAGUUCAUCUCUUUUUUCUUUUUUCCUUGUGAUUUAUCAUACCCAGAAAUUUUGUCCUUGGGAACUAAUUUACAUUUCUACUAUACCAACUCUAAGAUCUGAAAAUCGAAAAAUGUCGUCUUCUAAUUCGAGAGAAAAUUCAAGAACAAGAUCAGGAGACUUUCCCAACUAUAGUAGGAUAGUGAGAAGGAUGAUAAAUCUGCCAAGAAAUAUUUUGGGAGGGUUUUCAAGGGCAAUGGGACAUGGUAUCGAUGUAAUGGCUAGAGAAAGAAGAAAUCAAGUUCUCCUUCCUGCACCACCUCCGCCACCAUUUCUACCACCACCUCAAUUCCCAUCAUAUCCACCCCAGUAUGACCCCGGAACCGCGUUGAUAAAUGAUGAAUGGGCCUUUUUGAAUAGUUUUGAGCAGAAUUAUGGAGUUACACAUCCAUUCUUUUAUGCUUGUAGUUUCAUUCAAGCAUUAAAGAUUGCCCAAGAUGAGAAAAAAUUUAUGUUCUUGUAUUUACAUUCUCCUGAUCAUCCUUUUACAGCAGAGUUCUGCAGUCAGACUUUGUGUUCAGAGAUUAUAGUUCAGUUUCUUGAUGCUAAUUUUGUUAGUUGGGGUGCCAUUGCUGAUAGAGGUGAGGGUUUGCAGAUGAGUGGGAUUUUAAGGCCUGCUAGCUUUCCAUUUUCUGCUGUUAUUGCUCCUGCUUCUGGUGAUAAUAUUUCUGUGCUGCAACAGAUUGAAGGACCAGUUUCCCCAGCAGAACUACUAGAAAUAUUACAGAGGACAUUGGAAGAACAAGGAGUUGCCUUAGGCAAUGCAAGAGCUAUAGAGGAAAACAAAAGAAUUGCGGAUCGUCGGUUAAGAGAAGAACAAGAUGCUGCAUAUUUUGCUGCUCUCAAAUUAGACCAGGAGAGGGAGAAGCUGAAGAAUAUACCUGCAGAAAAUAAAGUUCAAAAACCAGAAACAACAAUACAACCAUCUAACAUACGGAACAAGGCUAGUCAUGUCAAAGAAUCAGCUGCAGCAAAUAAAGGAAAUCUGCACAAGAAUAGGGCCAGUAAAACAAAUAAUACUCAGAUAUUAAUAAGAUUUCCGAAUGGUGAACGAAGAGAGCACAGUUUUGCAGCAACAGACAAGGUGCAAGCAAUUUACUACUACAUAGAUUCACUGGGUUUACCCGGAAUCGAAAAUUACAGAUUAAUAUCAAGCUUCCCUAGAAAAGUUUAUGGUGCUGAUCAGUUGGGCAUGACUUUAAAGGAUGCUGGCCUUCAUCCAAGAGCUAGCUUGUUGUUAGACCUUCUUUAGUUCAUACUUCAUAAUCAUAUUUAAACAUUUGUAUCUUGUAUGGAAGUUAAAAUUCUAUUUUUAUGGACUAUUUACUUGUAAUUUGUCCUGAUACAUUA